AUUCGAGAGCGGCAUCGCACUUGCAGCCAAUCAAAUUAUAUGUAUAUAGUGCCAUUGUAGCUGUUGGAUCUGAAAAGGAGCUGCGCCAAAAUCAGGGAAUGGGGACGGGGGAAUCUCUGGCUUUCACGCCGAGCUGGGCUGUCGCUUCCCUCACAGCUCUCCUUGUCGCCCUUUCUCUUCUUCUGGAGACCUUGCUCCAUCUCCUAUCUCAUUUUGUGGAUUCAAGAAGACGAAAGACUCUCAACCUUACCGUCGACCAAUUAAAGUCAGGAUUGAGAAAUAUGGGGUUCAUCACUCUGCUGCUUACUGUGGCAAAGCGGCCCGUAUCAAAGAUUUGCAUUCCAAAAAGUUUAGCAGGCACUUUUCUUCCGUGCAACCAUGAGACUCCAUUAGAUGAGUCCGAAGCUUUAGAGGUCGAAAAUACUUGCGACGAGCAGGGAAAAAUACCUAUUCUGUCUCCAAACGGAACCCAGCAGCUGCAGGUGUUGAUAAUGAUGCUUGCUGUUUUUCAUCUAACUUGUUCCCUGAUCACUUUGGGUCUUCGAGAGAUGAAGAUGAAAAAAUGGGAACUGUGGGAAGCAGAAACGAAUACUUUGGAUCACAAGUUAACUUUUGAUAAUAGAAGAUUUAUGCUUACCAAGGAAACUGUUUUUGGUCGAAGGCAUUUGAAGUUCUGGAGCAACAAUGUUAUACUUCUUUGGAUUGUUUGCCUUCUGAGACAGUUCACGGGCUCAGUAUCAAAAGCUGAUUAUUUUGCCCUUCGAAGAGGCUUUAUUAAUGCGCACCUUGGCACAAAUACUGCUUACAACUUUCAUAAGUUUCUACGAAGAACAUUUGAUAAUGACUUCAAGGCGGUAGUGACCAUCAGCCUUCCACUAUGGACAUAUGUCGUUUUCUUUAUAUUCUUAAGUGCUGAAGAUUUUCGUGUUGAGUUAUGGCUCCCUAUUAUUCCUUUUGUGGUGCUGUUGGUCAUAGGCGCCAAAUUGGAAGCGAUCAUAACAAAAAUGUGCUUGACGGGCAGCAAGCAUAUGGUAAUCAUUUCAGGAGAAGUUAGCGUUAAACCCAAUGAUAAGCUCUUUUGGUUUGGAAAACCUCAAUUGCUUCUUUAUGCCAUUCAAUUUAUCCUAAUCGAGAAUUCAUUUCAAAUCGCUUUUAUCAUUUGGGAUACGUACACAUUUGGGUUCCCCUCAUGUCUCCAUGGAAAAACCCAACACUUGGCGAUUUCCAUUGCAAUAAGCCUGCUUGUUCAGUUCAUGUGUGCUUAUGUCACCCUGCCUCUGUAUGCUUUAGUUAGUCAGAUGGGAUCGUCAAUGAAGGAAACUAUAUUAGCAGACCAAGUGGUUGCUGGUCUCAAGCACUGGCACGCAAUGGCAAAGAGAACCCUCUCACCAAAUGGAACCAUCUUAAGUAUUCCCUCAUCUCCAUUAGCGAAACCAUCUUCAAUUUCUUCUCCCAUGAAUCCAUUGCAGAAACCCAGAGCCUUGUUGGCUUCAUCUAGUGCUUCUCCGGCAUUGCAAAGCCCAAGAGGAGUAAGCAGUUCUUAUCAUGCUUCGCCUACUUUUGAGUUUCCAAUGGAAAGACGAGAACUUGAGGAGAUUCAGAAAGUCACGGAAGAGAUGAUGAAGAUAAGCAGAAAUAGCACUGUGGGUGAAAUCUCUUUUAGGAUGUGGUGGGCGCAAGAGAUUUCUUCUGGGCUUGAUAGUCACAGUUCAUUGGCUCGAUGGCGCUAAACGAAUCAUUAGGGCUUAACUUGUUUGCUUGUAAAGAUUAUUAAAUAAGAUUUUAAAAAAUAGGACAAAUUUGAGUUUUAUUAGUAGCUUAAAUUAAAUUUUAUUUGAAGUUAUAUUGUUAACUAAUUGAUGAGUUUAUAAAGCUUACAUUUUGAAGAGGGGGAAUCCAGACUUGAUUGUGCAGUUGAUUAUUUCAUAAA